UGUGCGUUUCAGACAUAAAUAACCGAAAUUCCACUAUGGAAAUUGCGUUUUCUGGUUGAUUUGAUAUCUUUGCACAGAUAAAUCGGUUAUUUAUGUUAAUAGAUGAGGAAAAGCUACCCCUCAAAUGUAUCGAAAAUAUCCAUUAAUCUUGGAUUUCAGCAAACUCUCAUCGCUAAUCUCAAACAUUUCAUUAUAAUUUCAUCAUGUCCAAAAUUUUCACACCCACAAAUCAAAUUCGCCUCACAAAUGUGGCCAUUGUGAGGCUAAAAAAGGGCGGCAAGCGUUUCGAGAUUGCCUGCUACAAGAACAAGGUCUUGUCCUGGCGUAGCAACAGCGAAAAGGACAUCGAUGAGGUCCUGCAAACCCACACAGUUUUCACAAAUGUGUCCAAGGGCCAGGCGGCCAAGAAGGAUGAACUGCAGAAGGCCUUCAACAAGACAGAUGAAACAGAAAUCUGCAAGGAAAUCCUGAGCAAAGGCGAGCUUCAGGUAUCGGAGAAGGAGCGCCAAAGCGUGCUCGACACGCAGCUGAACAGCAUCGUCAACAGUGUGGCCGCUCUCUGCGUAAAUCCCGAGACGCGUCGCCCCUACUCGGCCUCGAUCAUCGAAAAGUCCCUCAAGGAUGCCCACUUUUCGGUGAAGAUGAACAAAAACACCAAGCAGAACACCCUGGAGGCCAUCAAAAUGCUGCGCGAGCAUCUGCCCAUCGAGCGGUCACGCAUGAAGCUGCGUGUCAGCUUUGCGGGCAAAGAAGGCGGCGGCAAGCUCAAGGAAUCUGUGGUGAAGCUGGCCAACGCCGUGGAGCACGAGGAAUGGGAGGACUCAACGCUCCAUUUGACGCUGCUGAUCGAUCCUGGACAAUAUCGCGUGAUUGACGAGCUGGUGCGCAACGAAACCAAGGGCAAGGGUCUGCUGGAACUCCUCGAACUCAAAGAGGUCGUAGAGAAUGAAGAAGUCUUCUAAAUUGGACAUAUAUACGUGAUUAUUUAUGUUAAACAGAAUACAGGAUCGAGAAUAUACGAUAUAACAAAUUCA